AGCUGGGAAGACGGCCCGCAGCGCCCACGCCCGCUCAGCCCUGGUCCGACUCCCCCGAGCACUGGGCGAGGAGAUGACUCCGGCCGGGAUCGCCCACCCGGCCCCAGCUCGCUCCUCUCCGGCUCCUCUCGGCGAACACCAGACCGAGCGAGCGAGUGGCCGGCCAGCCGGCGUAGGACUCUGAGCCCUGCGCAGCGGGCGCCGGGCCGGUCCGCCUCCAACCCGCCGAGGGCUCCCCGGAGGCAGCGGCCGCCGCCCCUGGAGGCACCUGCAGGCAGUGUAACUCCUGACCGCCGUUGAAGUGGAUUAAAGGACAUUUGCAGUGGGAGGCCGCUAAGCCACCCAGGAACUACACAAGGAUACAGGCUUAAAUGUUUACCUGGAUACGUGGCUACAGAUUAGAGAACACAAGAUGAAUAAUUCAACAAACUCCUCUAACAAUGGCCUGGCCCUGACCAGUCCCUUUAAGACUUUUGAGGUGGUCUUUAUUGUCCUUGUGGCUGGAUCCCUCAGUUUGGUGACCAUUAUCGGGAAUAUCCUGGUGAUGGUCUCCAUUAAAGUCAACCGCCACCUCCAGACCGUCAACAAUUACUUUUUAUUUAGCUUGGCCUGUGCUGACCUCAUCAUUGGUGUUUUCUCCAUGAACUUAUACACCCUCUACACUGUGAUUGGGUACUGGCCUUUGGGCCCCGUGGUGUGUGACCUUUGGCUGGCUCUAGACUACGUGGUGAGCAAUGCCUCCGUGAUGAAUCUACUCAUCAUUAGCUUUGACAGGUACUUCUGUGUGACAAAACCACUCACCUACCCUGUCAAGAGGACCACGAAAAUGGCAGGCAUGAUGAUUGCUGCCGCCUGGGUCCUGUCCUUCAUCCUCUGGGCCCCAGCUAUUCUCUUCUGGCAGUUCAUCGUGGGGGUCAGAACUGUGAAGGAUGGGGAGUGCUACAUUCAGUUUUUUUCCAAUGCUGCUGUCACCUUCGGUACUGCCAUCGCAGCCUUCUACUUGCCCGUGAUCAUCAUGACUGUGUUAUACUGGCACAUAUCCCGGGCCAGCAAGAGCAGGAUAAAGAAGGACAAGAAGGAGCCGGUGGCCAACCAAGAACCCGUCUCUCCAAGUCUUGUACAAGGAAGGAUAGUGAAGCCAAAUAAUAACAACACCCCCGGCAGCGAUGACGGCCUAGAGAACAACAAAAUCCAGAAUGGCAAAGCCCCCAGGGAUGCUGUGAAUGAAAACUGUGUCCAGGGGGAGGAGAAAGAAAGCUCCAAUGAUUCCACCUCGGUCAGUGCUGUCGCCUCCAACAUGAGAGAUGAUGAAAUAACCCAGGAUGAAAAUACUAUUUCCACUUCCCUGGGCUAUUCUAAAGAUGAGAACUCGAAGCAAAUGUGCAUCAAAAUUGUCACCAAGACCCAAAAGGGUGACUCCUGUGCCCCGACUAAUACCACUGUGGAGCUGGUCGGUUCUUCGGGGCAGAACGGAGAUGAAAAACAGAACAUGGUCGCGCGGAAAAUUGUGAAGAUGACUAAGCAGCCUGCUAAAAAGAAGCCUCCUCCUUCUCGGGAAAAGAAAGUGACAAGGACAAUCUUGGCUAUUCUGCUGGCUUUCAUCAUCACGUGGGCUCCGUACAACGUCAUGGUGCUCAUUAACACCUUCUGCACACCUUGCAUCCCCAACACAGUGUGGACAAUUGGCUAUUGGCUCUGUUACAUCAACAGCACCAUCAACCCCGCCUGCUAUGCACUCUGUAAUGCCACCUUCAAGAAGACCUUUAAGCACCUUCUCAUGUGUCAUUACAAGAAUAUAGGCGCCACGAGGUAAAACUUUUUUUUUUUUUAAAGAAUGAAGGUGGUCAAGGGGACUUGAGAAGAGAAAAAGAGGAUCAAAGAGCUCCUGGUUAUAAAAUCUCUGCCAUUGCACUUGACAGUCUUUUGGAUUGUGCAAUCAAGGAGCCCAAUCGUGACACUGGUAUGUGCCUCUGCUCCACUCUGAGAAAGUUGCACCUUAAAAACUGUCAAUUUCGGAGCCGUGAGACCAUGAAAAAGACAUGUUAGGAUUGCGGCGGAUAUAAGGAGUUCUAUGCUUUCUCAUACUCUUUUGAAGAAGGGCUUUAACAUCUCUCGUUUGUCUGUCUCUGCACAGGAGAAAUAAUCUUGCUUCUUUGUUUUUUCGUUUUUUCUUAAGCUUUCAUGUGUCCAUAUGAUGAUGAAAUGCCAUGAGUUCUAGCUAACAUGGAGUCUUAAGCAUAAAGAAACAGGAAGUGAAGAAAGAAAAUGAAAGGAUAUAGAAACAUUCAGCGUGCUAGACCUAUAUAAUUCUUUUGUUACAGUUUUAUAUGAAGAGCUUCAAUAUUACAAAAAAAUGCUCUUUUUAUUUUCCCCACCUAUUCCCACCAUCAAAAGAAAGCAAAGGAAACAAAAUACCAACUAGAUCACAUCAAUUGUUUUUCAUUAUGGCCCUCGCUUUUCAGCUUCCCUAUUCUAUAUUACAUAAAAGUAAAUGUGUAGGACUUUUGUAAAAUCCAGCAAGCAUGAAAGUGGGUUUUUUUUUAUCCCUGCGCCAGCAUCUCUGCAUUCUUUUGGAGUAAAACAGCCUAAAAUGAAAUAAAUUAAAUCACUGAUUUCAUUUGUGAUCCUUUUUUCUAAAAUGUUUCAACAAUCCAAUUUUCUCACAAAUUGGUCUCUUAUUAUAAUAUAUGAUCCUACCAAUACAAAAACAUGUGUGAGAAACCAAAACCAUUUAUUCCAUUGAGACCACAUCAAAUUAAAUGUUGGAAUUCAAGGUGGAAUAAGUUUUCAGAGGCAAGAUGAAUUUAUGACUAGGAGAAAUGGAAAGCUGAGAGGGCAUUCUUGUUUCAUCAUGAGCCAACUUGGCCCACAUAGAAAAUGCUAACUUGUAAAACAUGAACUCCUGGCAUUUGUCAGCAAGAGGAAGACGCUACUUUCUUCAAAUGUACUCACAUAGCUGCAGUGGCUUCUCAGUCAGUCCCAAGACAUUAAGACUGUCCCUUCAAUGCCUGCUCAAAAAAAAAAUACUAUAUUUAUAUAGUCAAGUAAGGUUAUUUGUAACCAUCCUAUGACCCAGUGGAGGGAGAUGAAAGAGUAAUUGUAAAACUUUUACUGAACCCACAAAUUUUUAUUUCUCAAACUGUCAAAUCUCUCCCCAGUUUUUUAGUUUAAUAUUUCUAUCGAUAGAUGCUGGAGAGAUAGCACAGCGGGUAGGAUGCUUGCCUACAUAAAUUGCUCCAAUAGCCACACCUUAGAAUAAACUCAUAAGGUGCUUCCUUGCAUGCAGUUAAUCCAGGUUCAGCCCCAGCACCACAACCCCCCAAGAAUUUCCAGCAGUAAUCCCUGAGCACAGAGCCGGGAGCAGUGUUGAGGACAGCCUGGUGUGGCCUCAAGCCCCCACUCCCCCACCCUAAAAUUGCCAUCAAUAGAAAUAUAGCAAUUAUAUGACAGGACUAUACUAGAUAACAAAGCAGAGACCCAGUGCGCUUAUUGGAACCUAAAAGGAGAAUGUGGGUGACUGCAUCUCAGACAUUUCUCAAUAUUUUUCUAAUUUGUCAAAAAAAAGUCAUGGCAAUUACUGUUACCCAAAUAGUAGUGUUUUAAACAACCUCAUUCAUGUAGAGACUCUUAAUUUUAUUUGAUACCCCAAAUAAACAUAUCAAUAUACUGAUUUAUAUCUAGCUAGCUACUUUUAGUCCUUAUCCUUUGUUUUCUUACUGGACUUGCUCUAGUCUUCCAGUCAGAUUUCAUAAAGGCAGUCCAAUCCAUAGAAGUCAAAUUUAUAAAAUGCCUUUUCAAAUUUUAUAUUUUACAUUCUAGAUGUAUGAGUUUUCUGAUAUCAUGCACAGUACCAUCAAUGUGAGUUGCAUGAUGAAUUUGCAUUAGAACUUAGCACUUUAGAUGUUAAAUGAAUUGCCUCAUUUAAGGCAUUUUGACAAUUUUGUGAGCAAACAUAAGCACAAGGUAAACAACAACAAAGGAAUAGUAAGAAGCACGUGGUUAACAAUAUUCAUACUUCAAUUAUUCUUUAUUAAAAUAACUUGAAAAAUUUUAUUUUCCCCAAAUAUUUUUAUAUAAAUUUACAUCAUUUUACAUAUUCUAUAGCUCUAAAAUGCUAAAAUACAUUUUAUUUUUAAAUCAAUGUUUUUUAUUUUAUUUCUCAAAUUAAUGAAUCAAUUUACUGGAAAGAAUAUCAAGCUAAUGAAUUUUUUUUUCCUUAUUAUCAAAGCAUUGACUGGGACUGAGUAGUUCAUUGGUCAUGUAUAUGUAUAAUGAAGAUUCAGUGCAGUUAGGAAGGAUUCUUUGGACUCGAGGAUUUUGGACUACAGGUUUGGGUCUUCUUUACCUGUUAUAACAAUCCAACUCUCAAUAAGGCAAACCACCUCUUACUUGCCAUUGCCUCUAUUUCCUUCUCUUUUUCCUUUGAUUUUUGAUCUGUCCCAUAGUCACCACCACCGACUGGAAGAGAAUCAUCAAAGGAUUAAUGACUGAAACUGAAGACAGAUCGAUACAUCAUGGAAUCUCUGAUGUUCAUAGUCAAAAACUAAAAAAGAAGAAAAUGGUAGAUGAUUAAAAAUACAGACUGAAUUCAAAGGUUUGCAUUAGUUAUUUCCCGAGCUUGUCUUUAUGUUUAGUGACGCUCAACAGAUAAUUUUGUCCCCAUCCUGCUUCCAGGGUCAUCUAACAAUGUGUGAAGAUAUUUUGGACUGUAACAACCAAAAGGGAUGGGAGUCGGGGCUGUUGACAGAAGGCUGAUGAUACCUAGUGGACAGAGAACAGGACGCUGUUUACAAUGCAAAGAACAUCUAUAACUAAGAAUUAUUUGGCAUCAAUGGUUCCAUAGUUGGAAAACUUGGUUUAUUUUAGAAAUUCUAGUGCUGGAUUUGUUUUAUUUGGGAAAUAAUCUUGUAUUGCUACUAGAAUAGCAGAGCAAAUGGCUUUCCUGUUCCAAGAAAGAUAUAAUGCUCACCAAUUGUCUAUCAGGUGUAACGAACGCCAUCCACUGAGUCUGGUGCAACUGUAGAAUUAAAAAUUCUACCUAGCUUGGGAACAUAGGCCACAAUGACAUACCCCAAAUUGGCAGACCAUACAUACAGUGCAUCACUUCCAACAUCUAAAUGCCCAGUCCACUGAGGUUGCUGAAGUUGGUCAUUAAAAUAGUUGCAAUUGAUAUGACUGGUCUCAACUGAAGCAGCUGGUUUUUCCUUUUAAAAAAAAGUGUCUUUCAGAACCAGUAUGAUUGGUUGACUUCGUUUUCACUGGAAUGGUGAGAACAAAAUUUUGCCAAGAAUUGCUUCUCUUUUCAUAGCAAUAAUGUAAAUACAGAGAAGAAUAACAAUGUAAAGGGGAAAAAACCCAGUUCAUUUCUUGAAAAAAAAAAAAGAAAUGAUUGUCCUUUUCACAAUUACCAUUAAUUAAAUGUCAGCUCCCACGUGUGUGUGCGUGGGGGGAAAGUCACUAACACAAUAAUUCAUGUAGACAAACUCUCCAACUUAACUGAGGAAAUCCCACAUACUCCUGCUUGUACAUUCAUUGUUUUGCUGAUUUUGGAGAUCUGCCAUUGGGGAAGAUGGCAUCGAAAGGAUGCCAACAUAUGUUUAGAAACGCAGUCUUCUUUCACUUUCUCCUGCUUACUUCAUUGUUAGUUGCCUUCUUCCCCGGCCCCCACCCUCACUCACUCAUUAGUAAUAUCCGUUUCAACAACUCUCAACACCACACAGGUUGUUGCAAAUAGAUUAGGGAAGCACCCAAAGCUGGAUAAAUCGUGCAAAGUGUAUCUUCAGCAUGUAUAUACAAUACCAUGCCUCUUAAAUAUGCUUUUCUUUCAAGGGUGCACGCUACAGCAUGAUAUGUGUGCAUAUUUAAUGUAUCUUCUUGGGAUAUGCUGUAUGCUUACUAUAUAUAUUCUAUAAAGUAAUAAAAUGUAUAAUAGCAACACAUAUUUCUGUAUGCAAAUAAAGAAUAUUAUACACAAAACUUAAUAUGCAAAAUGGUAUAUGUGGCUUCAGAGUAACAAGACUUUUCACGUGUCCAAUUUUGAAGGAAAGUAGUAUUUGAUUUUGAAGGAGGCAGUUUGAAGACAGCCAGAAAUUCCUACCCAUCUUAAUAUGAGACUGUUUUUAUUAUAAUCUUUAAAAGCAUGGCACUGAUAUUAAAUAUCGCUUGGAGGAAAAUAUUAAUAAAUCUUGUUGGUGUCACCCCAUGGAACGACAAUGCUUUUUGCUCUUGUGCUUCUGACAAACCUCUAACUAGAAUCUUCUUGGCUGUGGACUUCCAACAGCUGUGUUGAUCUCAUGUCUGAUUGCCUGAUGAGAUUGCAUCCAACUCAUUGACAUACAGCUUUGCUAUCAUCCAAAUCAACUGAUUUUUUUUUGGUAAAUAAAAAAUAAUUAUACUAGGAGGAAAAGAUAACCUUCAAAAUGUGUUUCAUUUGGAAAAACAAGCUAAAAAUUGUUCACGCCACUGUAUUUGUUAAACCACUUUUUCUGGGUUGAGUCUCAUAUAGCUCCCCAUGUAUCAAAAGCUUAAAUGUUUUGUGUACUAUAGUUUUGCAAGUUUCUUCUAGGAAACAAUAAGGUACAUAGUUUCUGAGUGCCUUUCAUGUCCUCCAUACCAGUUCUCUUGCUUGCUGCCUUUGCUGUUCACAUAAUUAUCCAUAAUUUCCAGAAUGGUUUUCUUUCACCAAUUAUCACAAGUGCCUAUUGCUUCAAAUAUUGUUUUAGUUGGCACUAAAUGAUCACAAGUGAUGGUUCCUUUUUAAUUUCAAAAGACAAAAAU